UCGAACCUCGGGGCGCUUGAUAACUCUGGCAUUGGUAAUUGUAAUACUGUUAUGAGAUAACCUACCAAGGUAAAUCAGUUUCCUGACAGUUCGUUUGACAUGUAUAAACAAUAAACACCGUAAUUAUUUUCAAGUCAUUCAACAUAUGACAAACGAUCGUGUUCGAAAGCACAGUGAAGACAAUUGCGUGAAAUGUUUGGAUCAUUACGAAAUAAAUUUCAAACUGUCCAAGAUGGGAUUUCUGCUAGCAUCAGAGGCUUGACAACAAGUGAGAAUACCAAAUCCAAGAAGCCGGUCAAUAUAAGGAAUGUAAAUUACGAUGCAGGAGCGGAUCUUUUAUUCCAUUAUCAAGUAGAGUGGAAUGAAUUACAUGAUCUUACUGAACAAAAUGCUGGCAAUGCCCAAGUGAUUGAUUCUUUGGUUGCAUCAAUCCACGAAAGGCUAGAACAAGAAUGGAAUAGCGUUAUACGUCUAAACAAUACGUUGGCAUCGGUGCCAAAAAUAAAUAAUGAUAUUCAAAAUCUAAUGGAUCAGAUAGGUUCAUUGCAAGAGUUAUUUGAAGAAGUUGAAGGGGCUAUUUUCGAUUUGGAGGAUCUAAACGAGACACUUGAGCUACAGAGUAGCCAAUUGGAUCAUCGACUCCAGUUGGCACUUUACAAAGAAAAAAAGCUGUUUGAGCUGGAGUCUGUUAGAGCAAAGUUGGCUACUGAUCAUUCGAAUCGAGUUUUGCUGCAUGAAUUGAAGCAGCAAAAAACAUUGAAAGAAAGACAAGAAACUUUUGGAGAAGCCUUUAAACAAGAGAUGCAGGAGUAUAAAGCUACCGGAUCUGUCCCUAAGUUACCAAACUUUCACCCAGUGCAGUCACUAGAUGAGGUGGAAUUGGAUGAUACUGAUUCUGCUGAUCUGGAUGAAUUUCUACAGUCCUGAGGUACAUGAACCAAACCUCACGUACCAGUGAGGCUUCAUAAUACUGAUGCAUCUAUUCCAGGAGGAAAAAAGAAGAGAGACACGAAUAUGGCACAUGCCUAGACAAAGAAGUUCAUAACCAAAAUAUUUUAAAUUAGUUCAUCACCGAAAAUGUGUAUUAUAAAUAAUGUAUCGAAAAAUUUGGUACGUAUUUGAGUAAGGCAAAAUCUAAUCGAUGUAUAUUGAAAUUGAUACUAGGUAAUUGUAAGAGCGUACGUAAGCAUUAUAAAUGUAUGACGUAUAUAAGUAGAACAUAUCAGUCAACCAUAAAUAUAAAAAGAUAAUAAGUAUAUCUAUAAUAUGAAA